CUUAAUCUGAGUCUCUCCGCUCUUGAGGGCAUAGGAAAGGCAAAUCAACUUUGCACAGAGUUCCAUCCCCUAGCUUUCACCUUGAUCAUUUUCUUUGAAUAAUGAGUUUUACUACUAAUCAAUUAAUUGUAGUUCUGCCAAUACGAAGGCUGAUUCAGAGGACGGGUUUUGGCAGCAGUCGCGGUAGCAUCCCAAAUUCAAGCUUCGUUUAGGCCAAUGGAGGAGGUUGUGCAUCAAUAUAAAAAGAUGGCUAUUGGGGAGGAAAACAACAAUUUGAAUUUUGAUGAUGAGGAUGCCGGAGACUUUGAUACAACCGAAAAGGGGCUGAAUUUCCGGUGGUGGGAGUCAUUCUUACAGAUCGGAAAAUCAAGUUUUAGCCCUUUAAGGAUCUGAUGGCUUCAAUUUGGUGGCCAGGUAAAAGGGUGUCAAUCAAAGAGAUAGAUGAUAAAAGCUUUCUCCAUUCGUAGUUUCGAUUUUACUUCACUGAUCGAUUUAGAUUCUUAUCGACCAUAUGGCUGAUUUUGGAGAUUGUAUUUCUCCCCGUGGAAGAUUAAUUGAGGAUAUAGAUUCUGGAGGCGGAAUUGUUGGCAUUCAAUCCAAUUUCUUGGAUUCUGCUGUUAAUUUCAGUGAAGACCAAAAUCUUGUUUGUGCAACAGAAUCUCUUUCUUUCGGACCAACUGAACGUUCAUCUAGUUUUGAGACUGUACAAGUUUGUCAUGAUCCUGUUUCUGUUGAAACCAUAUCAGUGAAGGAAGCUGAAUUUUCUGAGUUGCUUGGUACAACUGUAUUUUCAGAGGAAGAAGCAUUUCAAUUGUAUAAUGAUUAUGCUUUUCGGAUUGGUUUUGGAGUUAGGUACUCUACUUUGAGAAAGAGGGAUGGUGGUUCUGGCUUUAGGGGAAGGGAGUUCUGCUGCACUAAACAAGGCUUAAAAAA